AUCUGAUUUGUAGCUUAUCAGAUCAAAACCGCGUGGUUAUGAUUGGCUAGAAGUUCUUCCCCCACAAGUUCUCAACCCUCCGACCGCCGACAUCUGAUAGCAACGCGUGGUGUUGGCCGAGUGAACGCAAGGGGCACUUUGAUGUCUGCCAACCCAAGUUGAAGCCACACCCGCUGCCCAACAUGGAGGGAGAGUCGUGGUACAAUUCCUUCGUGCCUCGCGUGGUAAAGAAGGAGGAGCCACCAAAACAGCACCGACGCCGUGAGAGUCUGCUGCGACAGCCCAACGAGAGUAACGCUGACGUCGAGCGCGCAGAAGGAAUACCAGAGACCGUAGAAGAAGCUCCAGCGAAACUCAUUGGACCCCCACCGGCCACCGUGGCCAGACGCGCCAAGUCAUACAGCGACUUCUACUCGGUAGUGCGGGCACACAUCAAGAAGGAGAAGGCUUUGGUAAAGAAGAAGUCGCAGGAGGAUAUCAGCAAUGAGCUCGACUUUGCUGCGUGGUAUGGUGGAGUCAACGAGGAGCUGCUCGAGGCAAGCCACGACGAGUACAAAGCCUACCAGAGCCAGCUACAUCUGACGCGCAACUACCUGGGCAACAUUAUCGCCGACACGAACUCGACCCUCGAUACCCUUUCGUCCCUCUCGGACUCCUUCAAGACCGUCGAAGCCCAGACAACCGCUUUCCGCGAACAAUGCGAGGGCUUGAUCAGCGAUCAAAAGCGCAUUACGAAGCUUGCCGAGGAUAUGCAGCAGAACUUGCGCUACUACACGUACCUCGAGCCUACCAUGAAACGUCUCAAUGCUCCAGGAGCUUCCAAGAUUGUGCGGGGCAAGGAGUUCACGGACAUGUUGGCCAACCUUGACAGCUGUCUUGAGUAUAUGCAAGUCCACACGAAACACCGCGAAGCCGAGACGUACCGUUCGAGGUACCGAUUGCAGCUUACGCGCGCCUUAACACUGAUUCGAGUCCACUUUACCGAGGCUUUGCGCGAGAUCGCUGCCGACGUUGCAAAGAGGAUUGCCGACCGCCAACUGAACGACACAACUAUGUCUGCGCUAUUGUACGCCAAGUUUCGCGUUGGCGCACCAGAGCUUAAGAAGCUUGGGUUGGAGAUCCAGAAACGAGCGGUCCUGCCAGCAGGCGCAGCGCCAGGGGCCGAGGCAGAAUACCAGAGCUUGAUGAAUGAGCUAUAUCAGAGCUACUCGACCACCCGUGGGCGACUGAUAUUGCCGAUUGUAGCGAAAAAGAUUAACGAGAUUUCGCAAGCACCGAGCACGUCGAAAGACCUCGUGGCAUUUGCUCGCAGCAGUAUGAGCUACAUUCGCGGUAUCUGCAUCGAUGAGCAUGACUUGUGGCGCGAGUGGUUCGAUGGCGAUGGUGGCAUGUACGACUUCCUCGAAGCUAUGUGCGAGCCGCUCUACGAUCACCUACGACCCCGCACCAUCCACGAAACACAAAUUCUAAAGCUCUGCGAACUGUGUACUCUACUACAGACUCGUUAUAUGGACGACGAUGAAGACGAGCAGUCGCCUAUCGAGGCGGACAGGCUCGACUUCUCCAUCCUAGUCCACCCCGCUCUACAAGAUGCGCAGAAUCGACUCGUCUUUUUAUCGUUGGCCAUCUUGAGAGAUGACAUCGAGCGCUACAAGCCGAAGCCCGAGGAUCUGGACUACCCAGCCAAGAACAAGAAGCUAGCCGGUCAGGGCGCGAAGUCGAGUCAGCCCGUACUGUCAGGCAAGAAGCAGAACAAGUCAGAAAUUCCACCUACACCAACAAUGCCAAAGACGCCUAUGGUGGUAGAGGAGGAUGACCCUGACUCACGUUGGAACUUCAACACGGAAGCUGCGUUCAAGGACUGGUAUCCUACGCUGAGGAAAGCCAUUUGGCUGCUCAGUAAGAUCUACCAUCUGGUGCAUUCUUCAGUCUUCGAUGAUCUAGCGCAUCAUAUUGUUCACAGCACUACCAUGUCGCUGACACAGGCCAGCGCAUUGAUCAGCAAAGCUGCGUCACCAACAGAUGCAGCGCUCUUCCUGGUCUCACAUCUUCUUCUGCUCAAGCAACAGAUUGUGGCCUUCGAUAUUGAGUUUGUAACACCAGAAACGGACAUCAAGUACGAUAUUUGGAGCGUCACAAACACCUUCUGGGAGUUGCGUGAAAGAGGAGGUCUCUUCAAUCCACGCAAUCUCGUUGGCCUGCUCAUUCCUAAGGUCGUCGACAACAUGCUUGAUGCCAAGGCAGAAGUAGAUGCGCGAUUACGACAGGCGAUCAACGACUUUACCGGUCAGUUUGUUGCACGGAUGGUAGCACCGAUCGACACAAAGAACAAUAAGAAGGUGCCAGUCGCUGAAGCACCAGCGCGCACAGCCAAGAUACGGCAGAACAUCGAACAGGAAACUCCCUUCCUGCGCGGCAAGCUGGAAGACUACAUUACCGACGCACGCACUCGCGAGAUGCUUGUUGCCGCAGUCAUGGAGUCUGUGACCCAGACUUACGAAGAUUGGUUUGAUACAUCGUACACGCCUUCUUUAAACGGUACGAACGGUACUGGGAGAAGUGGAAAGGGCAAGGGCAGAGAAGACGGUGUUUGGGACCCGGAUGUGUUCAAUGAGUGGUGUACGAACAUAUUCAGGGUGGGCACUCUUGGUCUAGGGAUUGUCAAUGACGACAAUGAGGACUAUGACAUGAACGGUGACGACAGCGAUGCAGACAGCAUGGGCGCCGUCUCUGGAAGAACGGAUAAAAUAAUGACAGGGACUACAGGGAGAGGGCUGAGUAUCAGAUAGUUUGAUACGGUCAGACUAAGCUUCGACAACCGAGUCUGACAUCUCUCGCUGUGUGCAUCAACUCGUCUCGUUGUCAACUUCGUUGGUUGUCGUUCUUACCGGAACUCGUUGUCACAAAGUCUUUGUUUAGCACGGUCUGGCUUCUAUUAACAUCUGACAGGCACUCGCACAAACACCUUCGCUUUUUGUCUCGAAG